AUGAAGGUUCUCCUAUGGAAUUGCCGUGGUGCGGGGAAGCCCUCCUUUGCCCCGACUUGUCGAAGGUUCGUCCAACAAAACAGGCCGGAUAUCUGUAUUUUGUUUGAGACCCAUUUAUCGGGCAGGGGUCUUCAGAAGGCAAGGAGGGUGCUCCCUCGGUCGUGGGGUUUCUAUGCAGUUGAGUCUCGUGGGUUGUCGGGUGGGAUAAUUGUUACGUGGAGGCUGGAGUCCUGUAGAUUGGAUACAUUUCAUGUCUGUGCCCAAGAGGUGAUUAUGGUGAUCUCGGAGGGCACUAAUGAUCCCUGGGUUCUUGCGGCAGUGUAUGCCAGUACUGAUUUUAGGGAGAGGCGAUGGUUGUGGGAGGAGGCAUCGCAACUGGUUGAUCAGGGCUACUCGUUAUUGAUGGCGGGUGACUUUAAUUGUAUUAUUGACCCUCAGGAGAAGAUGAGGGGUAAGCCUUUCUCCCAUGAGAGGAAGGGUCUGGCUAGAGUGUGGGAGAGACUUGAUAGAGCUUGUGCGACAGUUGGGUGGGUCCAGAGAUUUUCGGAUCAUCGUGUGUCUCACUUACCUAGGAUUGCGUUCGAUCACUGUCCUUUAUUGUUGAGCACUGAUGCCUUUGUUCCAGUGCAUCCCCCCUUCAGAUUCGAGAAGAUGUGGCUUUCUUACCCUCGUUCAUGGGAGAUGGUGAGGGAGGCGUGGAGCAUUCCAGUGAGGGGUGAUGCCAUGUAUCGGGUGUCCCGGAGAUUGGAGUUGGCGAGGAGGAGGUUGAGGAGAUGGAAUCGAGAGGAGGUGGGUGACAUCUUUAGGAGGAUUGAGGAGUCAGAGGUGGCCAUUGUUAGGUUACAGGAUCAGGAGGUUCGAGGGGGGGGUCUGUCAGAUGAGGAUGUAGGGGAGCUCAGAUCACUAUUAGCUUUAAAUGAUUGCCUCCUUAGACAGCAGGAGAUAUUUUGGAGACAGAAAGCGAGGGUACAGUAG